UUUUUGUUGUCUUCAUGAUAUUUAAUUUAUUGUAUCUAUUAUUUAAAUAAGCAAUAAAAACAGAUGAAAUCAUUCAUUGAAAAAAAUACUAAAUGAUUAGUACUAAAAUUUUUAGUAAUUCAUAGUAAGAUGAUCAGUUUAUUAAAUUUGAGUAGGAGUAAAAAAAAGAUUAAAAAAAAUUUAUUCAUAGAAAAUUAUUCUAAAUAAAUCGAAGAAUAAACGGAAAAUUAAUUAUUGUAUCAAGUCAAAUAGAUUUAGCCUGUGUUACUGAUAGUAAGGUCAAACGAAUCUUCAUAUACACAAUAUGUUUGUAUAUAUAAUUUUUUAACAAGGUUAGACAGUUACAUAUCGAUGUUUUUUCUAAUGUGCAUCAUUCUUCUCUUUUUUUGGUAUGUUCAUUUAAACUCAUGUUCAUUUUUUUGCACAAUCAUAUGAAAUAAAAAUCAUAUCUUUGAUUGAUUUGAUGAUGGAGUCUAUAAUUCUAAAGAUAUUGGUAGGUGUUAGCGAACAAAGAAGAUAUUCGUUCGCUACAUCUAUUACGUAUAUAUCAUAUGGUAUUUUCCUUCUUUCCUUUCUUUCAUUAUAUUAUUUUCCCUUCUUUCUCAUUCUUCUCUGCUCCUUUUCUCUUUAUAUUCUUUGAUCUAUUUAAUUUGAACUGAGUUAUUUCCAAGUCCAAAACCAAAGAUAGUAUAUAGAUUUUUUUCCAAAAUAUGUUGUAUUGCGCAGGUGGAAAUACCCAAGGAAAUAACCACCUCUCAUUGUAUAUUAGAUAAGACUGUAACAGUAGGUCUUUUAAGAACAUACUCUUGCAUUAGCUAAGGAUGAAUUUCAUUCGAUUGACUUAAACAGUUUUAAAAUUAUUUUUCGAAAUGCUUCUAUAUUCUUUGAUUAUUGUAGUAGUUACACCUAAAACAUUGUUUCUGCUUUAACAUUAGAAAAUUUGUAUCCGUUCCGUAGUUACAAAUAUGCCAAAUUGUACAUAAGUGAUAUAUAUUAUUUUUAUUUGAUGAAUACUAAAUAUUUACAUAUGAGAAUAGAUAAAGAUUAGAAAUCAGAUAAAUUGUUGAGGUAAUUCUUUUCUUUUGUUUUAAAUAAUGAAUAAUAAAUAAGUCUAAAACAAUGAUUCUUCUUGUUCACAAAGUUUUUAGACAAAAAAGAAAUAGAUUAUAACAAGUGUAUUUAAAAAUUUAAUUGAAUCAUAAUUGACAAUUUAAGUAAUUUACUGAUUAAUAUUUAAGUUAACGAACUUUAUAAUUAUUUCAUUUGUUUUAUUGCUCAUAAAUCAUAUUUUCAUUGAUUAUUAUUAUUUUUUUUUAAGGUUCAUAAUGCCGUUAAAAUAAUUAGUACAUUUACAGAUACAAAACCAAUAGGAGUUUUUCGAAUAGAUGUAUCAACAAUAUAUAAUGAAAAAGAUCAUGCAUUUGAACGAAAAUGGGCUCAAUUAAUGAAUCCAAUUCAUUCCAUAUUUAAUGGAUAUAAAUAUGAUUUUUCAAUGACAUACCAUCGUUUUUCACUUGCUUAUAGUGAGUCACAAUGUCAACCAUAA